AUGUCUAAAGAGGCGCUUCUUACGGAGCAAUCUAUUACAAACGACAGUACAAACAAAAGUCGACUGGGUCUCAUAGUAACCGGCUUAGUAGGAGGCUCGCUUGUUGCCCUCUACGCUGUGGCUACGCCGUUUGUUGCUCCCGCAUUGAGAAAAAUCUGCCUCCCGUUUGUCCCUGCCACCACGACGCAAGUGGAGAAUGUCCUCAAUGCACUGCGAGCCAGGUCAGGAACCCUGGUGGACAUUGGAAGUGGAGAUGGAAGAAUAGUGAUAGCUGCAGCAAGACAUGGAUUUUUGGCAUCAGGUUUUGAAUUAAAUCCCUGGCUGGUGUGGUAUUCUCGCUAUAAAGCCUGGAGAGAGGGAGUCCACCACUCGACCUCGUUCCAUAUCUCUAAUUUAUGGAAGGUUAGCUUUGCACAGUACUCCAAUGUUGUCAUUUUUGGUGUCCCUCAAAUGAUGGACCAAUUAGAGCUGAAGCUCGAAAGCGAGUUAUCAAGCUCUGCUAAGGUGGUGGCCUGCCGAUUCCCCUUCCCCAACUGGGUUCCCGAAUAUACUGCCGGGGAAGGGUGCGACACAGUGUGGGUGUACAACGGCCAAUCAUUUAAAUCACGCAUGCAGCACAGUGUGGUGAAGAAGACAACAUCAGAUCAUGGGGAACAAUACUGUAUAUGA